AUGGCAAAAUCUACAGGUCUAGAUAAGAUCUCAACUAAGCUAAUAAAACAAGCAGGCGAUACAAUAACUGAAUCACUCCUAGAAGUGUUUAACCUAUCUCUUAGGACAGGAAUAUUUCCAGAUGAUUGGAAAUUUGCCAAAGUGACUCCAAUAUAUAAGUCAGAAAACAAAACCUUAUGUGAAAACUAUAGACCGAUAUCAGUCAUUUCGAAUAUCGCCAAAAUAUUUGAGAAAUUAGUCUGUAGACAACUAAAUACCUUCCUGGAUAACAACAACAUAAUUGUAAAAGAUCAAUCAGGUUUCCGUCGCAAUCACCCAACCGAAACCUCGUUACUACAAUCUACUGAAAUGUGGUUGAAAUCAAUGGACCAGGGUCAAAUAAAUGGGGUUAUUUUCUUAGACCUGAAAAAAGCAUUUGAUACGAUUGAUCACCAGAUUCUAUUGUCAAAACUACAAGCUUAUGGGAUACGCGACCACACGCUCAAAUGGUUCCAAUCGUAUUUAGAUCAAAGAAAGCAAAUUUGCAUGCUAAAUAACUGUAAAUCUGAUAUUGAAACAAUUCGUUGUGGAGUACCUCAGGGUUCAAAUCUUGGACCUCUACUAUUUCUCAUUUACAUAAACGACCUCCCAAACUGCCUAGAAACAACACACUCUAAUUUAUUUGCUGAUGACACAAUUUUAUCAUGUCAAGGGCAUUUAUCCAUAGAUAUUGAAUACAAACUUAACAAAGACCUAGUAAAUGCUCAAAAAUGGUUAUCAGCGAAUAAACUAACAUUAAACGACGAAAAAACCAAAUAUAUGAUUAUUGGAUCUCGGCAACGAUUAAAAAACUCAGAUCACGUGCCAAAAAUCAGUAUAAACGGACAUCAAAUUGAACGAGUUUAUAAAAAGGAAGCUUUGGGUAUAGUUAUAGACGAUAGACUUAGCUGGAAUAGGCAAAAUGAAGAACAAUGCAACAAGAUAUCAAAAAAUAUUAAUCUGUUAAGAAAAGCCAAAGAUUUUGUUGGCCUAGAUACGCUCAAAAUUAUGUAUAACGCAUUAGUCGCGCCUCAUUUUAACUACUGUUCAACUGUUUGGCAAAAUAACAACCAAACACACUUAGACAAAUUAUAUAAGCUUCAGAAACGAGCAGCAAGAAUAA